UGUUCUUUUAUACUGUAAAAGACUAAAAGUUAAUUUAUUGCUCUUUUUUUUUCAAUUGUUAUCAGGCAAAGCAUUAUUUUAGAAAGAAAAGAAAAUGCACAGUAUGUAGUUGGGCAAUAAAAUAAAGAGAUUUGUCCAAAUAAAGCAAAGGAUAAAUGUAGUUGGUGACUGCUUUGGCUUUAAUUUCUGAGACACAUCUGAGGAGACACCAAGAAGAAAACAUUAACCCAAGAUAAGAAUUUUAAAAACCGACUUCAUCUCAAAGGUUACACUGAACACUGGCAUGAUGAAGAACAACACUACAACUGUUUCAGAAUUCAUUCUUGAUUGUGCAAUCGAUCCCCAGCAGAAAAUCCAAAUAGCUGCUAUCCUCAUAAUUAUCUACUUUGUAACUCUUUUGGGAAACUCGUUGGUUAUCUUUGUCAUAAAAUGUAAUCGUCACCUCCACACGCCAAUGUUUUUGUAUAUUGGAACGCUGGCAUUCAUCGACCUGUUAAACAGCACAACUGUAAAUCCAAAAAUAGUGGCUAAUAUUUUAGGCUCUUCUGCUAUUUUGUAUGGACUGUGCUUCUUUCAAAUGAUUUUCCGGAGCCACUUGUCAGCAACUGAAUGUUUUCUCUUUGCACUGAUGGCAUGUGACCGCUAUGUUGCUGUGCUUCACCCUUUACGAUACCCGGCACUCAUUACAAACAAACUUGUUUGGAUUUGUAUCUUUAUUCUUAAUGUAGCCAGUGUUGUGCUCUUUCUCCCAUUUGUAUGUUAUGGUGCGGAACUUUCAUUUUGUCGUGAUAAUGUCCUACCUUACUGUUUUUGUGACUAUGUUACACUGGUCCAACUUUCUUGCAAUGAAGACCCCAAAUAUUUAUUUAUAUUAUCCCCUACAUUCAUUUUUGUUAGCAUAAUCCCCAUAGUAGUCAUUAUCAUCACGUACAUUAAGAUUGCUAGGGCUGCCCUGAAGAUCUCCUCGGGCGAUGAGACAAAAAAAGUCUACAGCACCUGCCUGACCCACCUAAUAGUAAUGGGGCUGUUUUUUUUACCACUCGCAGUGACAUAUGGCUUACCAGGGAUGGGAGUAAGGCUGUCUAAUGAGGCACGUAAUGAAAUGGAAAUUAUCGUAAAUGUGGUGCCACCAAUGCUGAAUCCUAUCAUCUACAGCUUUAGAAACCAUGAUAUAAAAAAAAGCAUUUACAAGAUGUUUUUUUCUAAAAGGGCACUGAGUAAAUUGUAAAUAUUAGUCAAAUAAACAGUGAAGAAAAGAUCACUUGAAAGUAUUUAAGAAUAAAGUUUAGCAAUGAUUAUAUAU